CAAAGAACAGUGGCGAUCAUAAAGCCCGAUGGAUUAUCAUCUAAGCAAAAGAUCAUGGAGAGAAUUCAAAGCAAAGAGUUCAAGGUAUUGCAAGAAAGGACAUUGCAAUUGACAAAAGAUCAAGCAAAAGAUCUCUUUGAAAGUCAAAAAGACUGUGAGGACUUUGAUAAACUAGUUACAUGGAUAAGCAGCUCUGAAAUCUGCGCGCUACUCUUGGAGAAGGAAGACGCAAUUGACGAGUUUAAAUUCUUCUUGGGGCCUAGGAAUCCCAAGAAGGCUAAAAAGAAGAAGCCUGCCUCCCUUCAUGCCUUAUUUGGUACAGAUUCAGUUCAUAAUGCCGUAGACGGAAGUGAUUCUGUGGAACAUGCUGAAAAAACUAUUAGAUUUUUAUUU